AGUAAUACUCGUAAGUCACGAAGAUGCGGCAAACUCGUCAAGUAGUGUACGUUCUACUCUACCUGCAAUUCUUUAUUCGCGACGUCUUCACACUGGACGUUGACGUUCUCUCGAAAGAAUACGGAAGCGUUAUAGAUGACAUCGCACAAAUCAGCAAAUGGGAAUGCGAGUCCGAUAAUGAGUGUACAGCGACCGGUAGUACGUGCAACAAUCGCGAGUGUCAGUGCGCACUUGGAAACAUCUAUAAUUCCAACAUGACAGCCUGCGUCAAAGUUGCCACCAGACUGCACGAUCAGUGCGAGGACACGGUGCAGUGCUCGGCUUAUCUCCUCGGUGGCGCUGAAUGCGUUGACAAUAUUUGCGUAUGCGGACCCGGUUACUAUUAUCUGCACGGCAGAUGCAACCGAUACGUAGGCCUGUCGGAGAGAUGCGAGCGAAGCGUCGACUGCUACGUGAAUGCCGAUUUCGAGGCGAGCACUUGCAACGAGAACACUUGCGAGUGUAGCCCAGGCUUCUAUCGGCGUGAAUACCGCACUUGUCGACGCGCAGGAAAAGCUGUCGGUGACGAAUGCACGAUAGACAUCGAUUGCACCUUCGAGAAUGCGGCCUGUAAGGACUUUGUUUGCGUCAAAAAAUUCGAAUCUAAGGAAGCCAUUGGACCUUCGGCCGACGUCGUAUCGACAACCACUGCCGCCGACAAAUCCACGGAAAUUAGGUUGGGCAGCAACUGUACGGGCGACGAGGACUGCAGCGGGCUGGGGAACGCCAUGUGCGAUGAUACCGGGAAAUGUCGUUGUGACCGUGCGCAUUUCGCACCUCACGAGCAGUGCAUACCAGAGCUGGGAGAAUCCUGUCGCAGCGACGACGCAGCCGUCAUAGAGAGGUCCGCCUGCCGAGCGGGUGUAUGGAGUUGCGCGAAUGGCACAGUCGCGUCUGAGGACAAUCGCGAGUGUCGCAAGGCGACCACGGAAUACGGCGGAGAGUGUUCCCGGAAGGAAGACUGUUACAUCCUCGGCCCGGACGCCGAGUGCGCGGACGAGAAGUGCGUAUGCAACGCGGCUUCCCAUUAUGUGAGGAGCGAGCUGUUUUGCUGGGGAAACAAAGGGAUCGGCGAGGCUUGUGUGCAGAAACGCGACUGCUACGUCGACGGUUUCAAGAACAGGCUGGUGUGCAAGGACGGCUCAUGCGGCUGUCCCGAUAACACGCACUUGAACAAGGACAAGACAGCCUGCGUAGGCAGAGCGGCAGGAGUCGGAGAGAUUUGCGAGGUGAACGAGGACUGUGCGGCGAAAAACGCGAUUUGCAAUGAGGAGCUGUGCGAAUGCAGGGAAAAUUAUUACCUGUCGAAGGACCGAUGUCUGGCAGGUCUCAAUGCUACUUGCAGGGUGGACAAGCAGUGCGCACUGGCAAACUCCGCGUGCAUUUCAGAAGUAUGUUCGUGCAAAUCGGACUACGUGCCUGUAGCUACCAACUCGUGUCUGCCAGUAUCGUCGUACGGCGAGUCUUGUUCGGAAGACAUUCAAUGUUCUGCCAAAGUGCCGGGUGCGACUUGUGCGACCAUCAAUCAAGGCAAAGAGAAGCGUAUCGCGGACUUAACGGAUACGUCAGAUGAAGAAGAGGCUGGAAAUAAGGUUUGCGCCUGUGACAAGGAAGAUCACCACAGAUACGGGAGAUGUUUCAAGAAGAAGCUUCUCAGCGAAAGCUGCACGAAUAUCGGCGAAUGUUACGUAAGCUUCAACCAGCAGACGGUGAUGUGCAUGAACGGGGAGUGCACGUGCAAUUGGGGUUACGUGAAAAUGAACAGUAGCGUCUGCUUGAAGGAUACGCGACGCGCGAACUUUCUCAACGCUGGCUGUACUUUUGUCUCGAGUGCACGGGUGCGCGCGCGCGCGCGCAUAAAAUCUUUUUAUGCGGUGGAAUAAUGUGCUCGCAAUUACGAGUCGUGAACUCGCAUGCCUGUUCGAGAACUGUGUCGCAAAUUUUGCGAUUACAAGCGCCGAUAAGCGCGUAGCUUGCAACAACGCGAGCCAUCUGGAACAAGACCUCUCGCAUAUUUUCAUGGAAAGCAGCACCUUGCCGAAUACUACCUAUAUAACACUUGUCGAACAUACAAUCUCGACACGGAAGAAAGCCGCUACCGUGAAUUCUGGUAGUGGUUUUCCGUGUACAGACCAACAAAGAUAGAGAAUAUUCCGACUCGUCAAUUAUCGUCUGACCCGCGAACAAAUACCGUACCUUUAUCGACGCAAACAAUAGUGCGCUCUUCCAUAAAUAUCGAAGUACAUUUGAUGUGGCGCUGAAGAUAAAAUGCGUGAUCGUCGGAAUAAGAAAUGCUAAGAUGC